AGUACGAAUAUGGAAAACUGCCUGUUCAGUCGUUACGAAUUUGACACUUUUCAAUUUUAUUUACGUUCAAACGCUUGAACUUAUUAUUGGUUUUUAACUAAAAGAAAAUGUCGAGAUUGGACGCGAGUAGACAUUGUUUGACAAAACUUGAGACCCCCAUUGGGUACAAAACAGUAGGCUUGGAUAUCAAAACGAUUUUAGGGGAUGCCGAAAAAAACUUCAACGACAUAGUGGAAUCUGACCAGGAAUUGAAAAAGAAUGAAAAUUUGAUAGAGGAACUUCUGGAAGAAGAGUCACGGCUGGAUGAGGUGGUGCGGCGUAAUAUUGAGGAAAUAUGCAAGAUGAAACACGGCAUUCAAAACCUGGAGAUCUCAUUGAAUUUGCAGAAAGAGGAGAUCGAUGGCAGGAAGAAGGAUUAUGAAUUUCUAACACAAGAAUUAAAGCAUUCCGCGAGCAUUGAAACUACCUUGGGACAUACAAUGAUGAAUCACUUAGGAGUGCGUCUGAAAUUGAUUCCUCUGAACCUGGAAACCUGGGAUGUGAUGUUUUUCUUCGAUGAUAAUAAGUUUGUUCAGUUCUCAUAUAAUGUCCUAGACCGACUGUUUGAAUUGCAAGCCAUUGAGCCGCCUCACUCCGCCUUUGAAACGCUUCAGAAGUUUCUGAAUGAUACCGAAGAUGUGUCGGGGCUUCUGUAUGCCUUAAGAAAGCAUCACUUCUCGAAGAAAUCGGACAGCAAUAACUCAAAAAUUCGAAAUAUCUAUUAAUUGGAUGGUUAGUUUGGAGGGAUUCAUAGGAGACAAGUCAUUUUAUCGCUUCCUCGUUCAAUUCAAGUCUAAGUUUUAUUUGUAAUUACUUUAUUUAUGAAUACAUAAUCCAAUAGUUAAAUAACAAUUUUUUAUCAUU